AUGGUUAACAUGAACUUCCAUAAGCGCCUCUCCAACAGCGACUCUGUCAACUCCGUCACGUCCCUCCUCUCUUCCACCCCUUCUACUACCAGCUCCUUCGCCUCCUUCUUUUCUACAACUCCGAGUGAGCGCAGACGAGACACCUUGAGAAUAGGCCUCGUCAGACGUCUCUCCAAUAUCAAGACGCGUGUCCGAGACGAGUGGAAGAAGGGUCAGGGUAAGGAUGUUGUCGUCAAUGCAUUCAGCCAGCAAACAACCAAUGCUAGACACUCUGGCUUGUUCAUGACUAUUUAA